UUUUUCCUAUUCUAUAUUUUUAUCAAUCUAUAUAAAAAUGGAUAUAUUUGAAAAUCGAAAAAUAAGAUUUAUAAAUUGGGGUUCUCCAGAGACGACAGAGGAUCAUCCAGCUUCCGGUUCUUGUUCGGUUUCGUUCGUUCGUUCAGUUUUCACCAAAUCAAAUCAAAAUAUAAUCUUUCCAAUGGAAGCUGUUUGUCUCACUUGCGGUGAUGUAGGUUUUCCAGAGGCGAUAGUUUUUUGCACCGAGUGUCAGGCUUGUGCUCUUCACAGGUACUGUUUAGACGGACCUGUGAUUUUUACCGAUGAAGUGAUAUGGUUUUGUGAGGACUGUGAACCAGAGGCAAAGAGAUUGAAGACUAACUCUGGAAAUCUGGCCAGAAUUGCAAUCCAAUCCCGAGCAAAACUGAAAUAUUGCGUUAAGGGAUUGAAGAAAAGCAAACAACAGAAUAAAAAGGAGAUGGAAGAGAAGCCAUCAAAGACCCUUUCAUCCAACAGUCGCUGUUCAACUGAGCUUGAGCAUCCUCAAUCUGAUACCAGCCAUAAUCAAGAAAGUGAAUCGAAAAAUGAGUGUGGACCAGUUCCAACAGAUGCAGCAAACUCCAAUGUAGAUUCUAAACCUGUUCAAAUAUCUCAAGCUACCGCCACUGAUGAUCUAAUUAUAGCAUUAGAAGGUCAUGUUGAUGCGAAGCCUAUUGCUGAUCCAAUCUGGAGGGGAAAUUUGAUCUUCUGCGAUAAAAGUAAAACUAUUGGUAGAGUCAAUGGACUUCUGGCCCAUUUGUCCAAUAUAGCAUCCCCCAAAGUUCUGGACGAGAUGAAAUUCUUCCCGCAUGUGCUUUCCGCAGAUUUGCUUCCCAGAUCUGAGGUGUGGCCUAAUAGCUUCAAGGAGGAAGGACCAACUGAUGAAAGCAUUGCUCUUUAUUUCUUUCCUGGGAAUAGAAGAUUAUCUAUAAAGGCCUUUGACAAGCUGGUUGAUGAUAUCAUUUGCACUGAAGCUGCCGUAAGAGUUGUAACUGAAAAUGCAGUGCUUUUAAUUUUUCCUUCUGACUUGCUUCCAAUCCGACAUCAGAAAUUUCAAACCAAGUAUUACUUGUGGGGUGUCUUCAAAAAAAAGCAAACUUCACACGAGACAAAUGGUGAUGUCUGCUGAGAGAAUGCCAAACUCGUAACUCGACAUAACAGUUGUCCAUUUAAUAUUUUGAGAAAUAAUAGUAUUCAUAGUUUUAAUGCAUAGUACUCUUGUGGUAGUUAUAUGAUACACAUGAUAGGAUGUUGGAACGAAUAGUUAAUAUUAAUUUGAUCACAUGAUAUUUGCAUGAUA